UACUUGCUCCGGUCCUUCCAAGACUAGAAGAUGCGAAAGCAUCGCCAAUUUCACCUUCACAUUCUUCACUCUUCUUCUAUGAGACAAACCAACAAAUCAUUAUCAAAAGCAAAUCAAGCCAAGAAAAUAUAGAGAUAGACUCCCAUCCCAGGGACCAUUGCCAAUGAGCAAACGAUUACCACUAGAAAUACCACUUGCGACCUAAAACUGAUGUUGCAGUGGUGGGUUAAGGAGAGCUGUAUUCUCCACACCAUGCAAUCAGGAUCAAAUUAGGCAAGAACAACUGAACAAGAAACAAUAAGUACUCUUAAUACUAUUCAACAAAAAGAGAAAAGAAAAUAUACUCAAGGAGAUGGUGAUGAUGAAGGGAGUGGCAUUAGCAGCUGAUAUAAGGAGGAAUCUUGGGGUGAUAAAAGAGAGAGUGUUGGAGAAACUGGCUGCAGCUGCAGUCCCGGCUGAUGCUUUAGAGAAUGCUAGGCACUUCUUAGAGAGUGUGGUGAGGGAUGUUACAGUUGCUGCUCAUGGUCUUACGAAGGAUGCUUUGCACCGAAUCAAGACUCAUCUUGUUGAUAUUCUUCCUUCACUCUCCCCUGCCAUUACUAGAAAGAUGGUGGAUGAUGCUGAGAAGGAAGCAAAUGAAGAGCAAGAAACUGAAGAACAUGAAGGAGAUGAGCGAAGGCAAGAUGAUCAUCAACUUAGCUGGAAGUCUACAUUCGUGUCACCAGCAUCUUCUUUGUUUGCUCUAAUCAAACCAUUAUCAAGGCUUUGAACAUCAUAUACGAAACUCUGACAUACUUGUUUUGUCUACAUUUUGCUUGGAAAAAUAAAGUUUAGAGAUCAUACAUUCAAAUCUCUAGUUGAAUAAGGGAGAAGCGGUUGAUGUAAAGAACAAGAAUUAUGUGAUAAACAAAGAUUGAAGAGUGUCAACCAAAA